CAGGGGACGUACAGCAACGUGUACAAGGCGCGGGAGAGGGGGACGGGGAGGGUGGUGGCGCUGAAGAAGGUGCGGUUCGACACGUCGGAGUCGGAGAGCGUGCGGUUCAUGGCGAGGGAGAUGAUGAUCCUGCGGAGGCUGGACCACCCGAACGUCAUCCGCCUCGACGGCAUCGCCACCUCCAGGAUGCACCGCAGCAUCUACCUCGUCUUCGACUUCAUGUACUCCGACCUCACCCGCAUCAUCUGCCGUCCCGACCACCGCCUCACCGAGCCCCAGAUAAAAUGCUACAUGCAGCAGCUGCUGUCGGGGCUGCAGCACUGCCACGAGCGCGGCAUCCUCCAUCGCGACAUCAAGGGCUCCAACCUCCUCAUCGACCGCCAUGGCGUCCUCAAGAUCGGCGACUUCGGCCUCGCCAACUACUACGGCCGCCGCCGCCCGCUCACCAGCCGCGUCGUCACCCUCUGGUACCGCGCCCCGGAGCUCCUCCUCGGCGCCACCGACUACGGCGUCGGCAUCGACCUCUGGAGCGCCGGCUGCCUCCUCGCCGAGAUGUUCUCCGGCAGGCCGCUCAUGCCGGGAAGAACCGAGAUCGAGCAGCUCUCCCGGAUCUUCACCCUCUGCGGCUCCCCGCCCGACGACUACUGGCGGAAGAUGAGGCUGCCGCCGACCUUCCGCCCGCCGAGGACGUACAAGCCCUCCAUGGUCGACAAGAUCGCCUUCCUCCCGCCGCCCGCGCUCGCCCUGCUCGCCACGCUCCUCGCCCUCGACCCCGCCGCCCGCGGCACCGCCGCCCAGGCCCUGCAGAGCAGCUUCUUCAGCACGCCGCCAUUGCCGUGCCAUCUGUCGGAGCUUCCGGUUGUGUACAAGGAGGAGGAUGAGGUUGCUGCUUCCCAUGAUGGAAGGAAGCCCAAACUGAGAGAGCGGUCACAUAAGCGAAGAGACAACAAGCCGAAAGCUGAGGAGCAGCAUAAAGAUAAGGAACAAAAUCUCAACAGUAGUCCUAGUAACAAAGAGGAGAAGAUUAUGGAGGAUACAAAAAAAUCAGCCCAAGAUUCAAAACGAUUUUCAGAUGGACAGGUUCAGGAGGUGUUCCCCAAGGGGUCACCUGCACCUCAAGAUCAGCAGGUGCCAAGAACAAAUACUUACAGCCCAGACAAUGAUCAUCACAAGAAUCACAAGGUUCAUUUGGUACCGGGUAAUGAUCAGGAUCAACAAACAGACAGCAACCAUGGCAGCCUAGAGAUCAGGUCGGCAUCCAUGCUGGAAUACAACGCGCCGCGAACCCAAGGAGGCAUGUCCAAGCAGACUUUUGUGGAUCAUGUGUAGGUUGUGUGAACUGAUGGAAAUGAGAAGGAAUUGUUCAGGUUCUAUCUGUUGUUGCUACUGUAACUCUAACCAAAAUACUCUUGCUCCAAGUUACAACCGAGCAUCCACCGAAUUUGGGGAGGUUAAGCUCAAUAAUUGCCAUUCGGGAAAGAACAUUGUUUAGUUCUAUUCGGUUUUCUGAUUGCUCCUACUGUAACCAAUUCUAAGAAGAGGACUCCAGUCUCGCUCGUCUCAGGUGGGAUAGGAGGCCAUAAGCCGGAACCCCCGAGAAACCACAGCCAACCACCUCACCAUCGCCAGCCACGA